AUGGCGGCCGCCGAACAUGCGAUAGCAAUCAAUGAUGAUAUGUCAAUGGAAUUGCCUACACUUCCGCCCAACCAGGGCCUCGAGGCCUUCAAAGAUAUCGUGUUUGGGUCGGCUGCAGGAAUGGCAGGCAAAGUGAUCGAGUACCCUUUUGAUACAGUCAAAGUGCGGCUCCAAUCUCAACCGGAUCAUCUUCCUCUCAGAUACAAAGGCCCCUUGGAUUGUUUCCGUCAAUCCUUCCAAGCAGAUGGCCUACGCGGGCUCUACCGGGGCAUUAGCGCUCCCAUGGCAGGUGCUGCCAUUGAGAACAGCUGCUUGUUCUUCAGCUACCGUCUGAUCCAGGAUAUAUUGAAGGCCACUGUCUACUCCCCUGCCGAUGACCUCCCUUUCUCGGCACUGGUGCUCAGCGGCGCUGCGUCAGGAUCUAUUACCUCCCUUGCGCUUACCCCGGUUGAGCUCAUCAAGUGCAAGAUGCAAGUUCCCGUUACGGCGUCUGGCGGAACCCCCCCUGGACCAUUGACUCUGAUAGCCACUGUCUUCCGUCAAGACGGCCUUCUUGGCUUUUGGCGCGGACAGUUGGGAACACUUAUUCGCGAGACUGGUGGCGGCGCUGCAUGGUUUGGUAGCUAUGAGGGGGUAUCUGCACUGUUCCGCGCAUACCGUGCCCCAUCUGCAGAGCUCAAGGAAGAUGGAACAUCCUCUGAUUCCAUUCCUAUCUACCAGAAGAUGAUUGCAGGUGCUGCAGCAGGCGUCAGCUACAAUUUUCUCUUCUAUCCUGCCGAUACGAUCAAAUCGCGCAUGCAAACAGAGGAUGUUACGCGAGGAGCAUACAACGGCAAACGACAGACAUUCUGGGGAGUUGCAAAAGCCUUGUGGAGACAGCAAGGACUAAGGGCUCUGUACCGAGGCUGUGGCAUCACCUGUGCUCGAUCUGCCCCCAGCUCCGCCUUCAUCUUCACCGUCUAUGAGGGACUACGGAAUCAUUUUGCCUGA